AUGGUGAAUAAGAAACAACGUGAGCAAGGUAAGUGAACCAAUAUUGCAAAAAUAGAAAUUUAACUAUACCAAUAUGACCAAAAGUAGAACUGCAAGUAAACCAACAUUACAUCUAUUAGGUUGUUCAAAUAAUUCGGAGUCCCCUAACUUUGAAAAUUUGCGUUGAGAAGGGCACAGAAUUAUUUGAAAAACUUAAUAUAACAAGCCAAAUACAUUGGUGUUACACGGUUUUCAUUAAAGAUGGACAAUUAAAAAUGGGCGGGGCUCUGUUAAAGUUACAAUGUAUGCUGUUAAUCGAGGAUUAUAAUAACUAAUUACCAACUUGUCUUCUGCACUCGUAUUUGUCAAUGUAAACUCUAUUAAAACUUUUAUACUAUAAUUGAGGGCAUUGAGCUGUAUAUGUUUGAGCUGCAUUGUAGUUGUACAAUAUACAUAUGUUAAAACUACUAAACUAACUUAGAAGUAUGAUAUUUUAAGCCCUAUAUUUUUAUGCUAGUCAUGUUUAUGCUAGUAUAACAUUUUCUACGAACAUACUAGUGCAAUACUUUGCAUAUAUUAUACACAUUUUCUCUAUAUAUAUUUUGGCAUUUUCUUAAGGCAUAUGUACUUUCUACCGCUGUAACUUUCUACUACAUUAUUGUAAUUGUCUAAAGUUAUUCAUGACGCUUUAGAAUAAAACAUUUUGUACUGACACAAAAGUAGGAGUAAUUACAUAGUGUGAAACAUAGUCAGCUAUAGUUGCAUUUCAUUACUAUAAUACUAUCAAAUUCCCACUUUGUCUAUUAACUUAUAUUACUAAUAUUAGCUAGGUGAUAUCUAUCAAUAUUAUCACCUAGUCCAUCUUUAUCUACCUUAACAUUAUCUAGUCCAUUUUGAUCCCAGAGUUACCUCACUGAUAAAUAAAUUCAUCUUCUAGCCAUAAACCUUCAAAAUGACGUUAAAAAGUUAGUUUAAUCUUAUAAUUGGGGAACUAAUUGCAGACUUAGACGGUCAUCAACAAAGCCCCAUUGACAUUGUCACAUCUGCUGUCAUACACGACCCAACGUUGAAGAGUUCGAAACUAAAGAUUAGUUAUGAUAUUGGGGAUGCUGACACUGUUGAGGUAGGUAAAAUACGCCCUUUAUAAGUUUUUCUGAAAUAUUCUUGAUGAUUUAAAAUUCGAGGCAAGGCCGACUUCGGCUUAAAAAAAUAAAAAAAAUUUUCAUUUUAGGAGAUGGAUUUUACAAUUUUCCAAAUUGUUUAAAAAUCCAACGUCCAUGCGAAAAUUCAAUUUUUAGGUAACACCACGCGGUUUCAAUGUGUGGAUGAAAAACGGCGCCAAAUCGACGAUAGCUGGUACCCAUUUGCCUUAUGGUAAUGACUAUCGGCUGGCACAGUUCCACGCCCAUUGGGGAGAGAACAAACGGUGCGGAAGUGAGCAUUUUCUGAACGGAAAACCUUAUUCCGGUGAAGUAAGUUGCAAAGUACACUACACAAUACCCAGGGACGUCGCUACGGUUUUUCUCUGGGGGGGGUGGACUCACCCCGAACCACCCCCCCCCCAAACGACGUCCCUGACAAUACCAUAAUAUGACAUGUUUUACGCCUUUGCGGCUAAUAGGUCUGCCUGAACGAGUAGAUCGCCCCGAACAAAUAGGUCCCACGGAUCAUAUUUAUAAAGGAAUCGUAUAAAGGGAUAGACCAUUCAUGUUCAUCUAUGUCUAAAUUGAAAAACUUUCUUUACACACACCUAUGUCAAUAUACAUUUAUCGAUAAGACCAAUGUAACAAAUCCAAAGAUUGCGCUGCAAAAACACCGGUCGAAAAGCCAACUUUCAGUACCAAAAGAAUCCUUUUCUCACGUACUUUUGUCUUAUGAAUAAUGCAUAUCACAAACAAUACAUGGUUUUUGGUUGAAAAUCUCAACACUGACUUUAGAUUCAUUGUGUCUUCUGGAACACAAGCUACGGUACCUCGGAAAACGCCUUCAAACACGCUGAUGGUAUGACCGUCUUGGCCAUAUUUUUGCAUGUGAGUUUUGAAACAGUAAAAAAACUUUCCACAUCAAUAUUGGCAAGAUUAAUAUAAAUUGCCAAACAUUAUCAAUUUUCACUACUGUAACAACAACAAAGCUUUGUACUGUAACAUCAUUUAAAACAAAACCAAUAACUUCAUUUUAAAAUUUCAAAAACCGAGUUUAGGAGCACGGAAAUGAAAACCUAGCUUUCGAACCCUUGAUAGAUGCUAUUCGUUUUGCUCAACGAAGUAGUGAUAAAAAAGCUAAAGUAAACCCAAAUUUCGAUUUGAAUCUUUUGAUGCCGGAAAAACACUUUUUCUACACUUAUCAUGGAUCUCUGACCACACCGCCGCACGACGAAUGCGUCAUUUGGACCAUACUUCGCCGACACGUACAUAUUGGCCAUGCUCAAGUAGGUUAUUUGAAUUUUUGAAACAUAUUUGAUGCGCAGUACUAUAACUUUAGUCUUAGCUUAUAUUACAUAUAAUAAUGAAGCUAUAUAGUACUAAACUUUUUAAUAGUACUAAAACUUUUAUAAACCAACUACGUUUACCACAAUUUAAACUUAUUUAUUGCCCUUUUUCAAUGAAAUUUCGAUUUUUUGUAAUUAAACGUGACGACGACACGCAAUUACACGACAGAACGCUUUGUUUAUUAAUCUUAAAGGUAUAGCCUUACGUGUAGUUGACUACAAUUUAUUGUUCACCUUCCGUGUUAAACCAACAACAAGGUCUUGUUAUUCUAAUCUUUACAAUAAUCAAUGCACGCAAAAAAGUAAUCAAAUAAGAUGAUUUUAGUUUUUUAAGCUAUGGGAGUACGGUUGUUACUGAAGAAACGAGACAAAAAUGAAAAUAUCCUUUACAUUUUAACAAAAAUUAGGUACAAAAUCUAAAAAUUUGAACACUAAAUUUCAGAUGGAAGUCCUACGAUCAAUUAUAAAAAGUAAUGUAAGAAAUAUUCAACCACUUGAAGGCCGUAAAAUACGAGCUUCGUUUACAUUGAAACCUAAAGAAGAAGGUGAAAACGAUGAGAACAAAAAGAGGAACGGCCAUUAG